ACUACGAGUACGAACAUUCAGGUACGCCACAACUUCAGACCUGAUCAUAACAUAAGAUGGGUGUUUCGCAAAGCUGUGAUGAUGCACUUCGGGAGAAGCAUGUGGUGGUCGUGGGCGGCGGGUACGGCGGCACGGUCGUGGCCCUCAAGCUGCAGGGAAAGUGCAAGAUCACUUUGAUUGAUCCCAAGGAAGCGUUCCAUCAUUGUCUGGGUGCACUGAGAUCCUGCACCGAAGAUGGUUUUGCCCGGAAAGUCUUCAUCCCCUAUGCCCCAGCUUUUGAGGAGAACUUCAAACGAGGCAUGGUGGAGGAGGUCGACCCUACAGCUAAGAAGGUCAAGCUAGUCGGAGGGGAGGAGGUCAGCUAUGACUACCUUGUCAUGGCAACCGGAAGCAUGGGGGCCUUCCCUUGUAGAGUCUCGGGGGCAGAUGACACAAGCGUCUACGUCGAGAAAUACACGGACAUGUUGCAAAAGAUAAAGGCAAGUACAGAUAUCGUGGUUGUCGGCGGCGGGGCCGUUGGAGUCGAAAUGGCUGGCGAGAUUGCCACAGACUUCUCAGACAAGCAGGUGACUAUCGUCCACUCCAGAGACUAUCUGGUGGAGGGGGACUUGGCCCCGAAAUUCCGGAAAGGACUGGAGGACCAACUUAGGGCCAAGGGCGUCAAGCUAGUUCUAGGUGAGAAAGUGUCCAAUCUGUCGGAGUUGCCCCAGGAUUUCUCGUCCAGAUGCACCGUCAAGACCGACAAGGGAACGGAGAUUGAAGCGGACGUGGUGCUGGUGUGCGUCGGACUGCCUUGCAAUUCCUCAGCUUAUGCUACCUCUCUGAGUAACUGCAUGGAGAAGACAGGUCAUCUCAAGGUCAACCAGUUCCUUCAGGUGGAGGGUCUGGAUGACGUUCUUGCCAUCGGCGAUUGCUGCAACGUCGACCCGCUCAAGCUGGCCUAUAUGGCUGCAAUGCAGGCGGAGUUAGCGGUCAAAAACCUUGAGCUGCUCGCUCAGGGAAAGACCAAACUGAAAGCCUGGGCCGCACCUGGGACGCUCAUGGUCGUACCCGUCGGACGGAAUGGCGGAAUGUUUCAGAAGGAUUCGCUUGUGUUUGGUUCCUUCCUGUCUCGGAAAAUCAAGAGCGAGGCAUUGUUUACCUCCAGAUACUGGCGCGAUAUGAAACAGAAGGUGCCAGAAGCAGAAGAUUCUGAGGUUUGAGGACUUAAAUCGGUUUCAGACUAGUGGUAGGAUUGAAAUUCGGAUUUUUUCAAAUUCAGUUUGAAGUCCACUAUUCGGUUUGGAUUUUAGAAACUUGAUAUACAAACCAACUCGGCCUUUGAUAUUUUGCGGCACAAGCUCAAGAAAACAACUGGAAAAUCCCCCAAUAAAUUUGCUCCAUGGUCUCUGAUUAUGACUGCAUUCACUCACUAGCGGUCUUCUCAUUUCAUGAAUAGCCUGCCCAUUUGACUGAUCAGGGAGUUAACCCACCCAUGUUUUUUUACCAUUACAGCUCUCGAGUGUUUUUUUUUAAAGGCCUGGUGGUCAUGGAUCCCGCAAACUAUAUGUAUACCAUAUCUUUGUGUACUUUUUGUUGGCAAGACUCCAAGUUGAAUUGGAACUUAAGGUGAAAUCAGAUAACCGUUAUUCGGUUUGGAAACAAUUAGGAUAACCGACGUAUGCGACGUUUUGUGUUGUACAUCAAGUUUUUAUUGAAUAGAUUCUAGAGUCAUUCUGAACGACUGCUGUAGUCGACCCUUAGAGGUGAAUAUUGCACUCUUGUGGCUCUUCGCGUCACUAGAAAGCCAGUUUUAAAUUGGUGAUAAAUACUAAUGAAACAAAGUACAUCAUGAAUGUAUUGGAAACAUAUUUUGUAGGGAGAUUUAAGUUACAGCUGAAAUAUAUAUGCCUCAUUCUUAUCAUGAAAGUAAUAUUUUAAUUGUAAAUUCAUGGGGAUGUUUUUAAUUAUGAAAGUAAUAAACCUGUUGUUAAAGUUUCUGCCAAGAAUCUCAAUAAUUAUAAUAACAAUAACAAUUUACUAAUAUUGAAUAAUGAGAUAGUCUUUGAAAUGUAAUAGUACAGUAUUUAUUAGAAGUAAAUAUACUAUAGUUUUGUGUGGUGAAUUUUCUUUAUAAAUAUGGCGCAAUACAUCAGGUGUAAGUGCUUCUAGCAGCUUUCGAAGUUAGGGCCUGUAAACUCAGAAAGAAUACAGUACUUCUAACGGUACACUCUAAUCUUGUUAAUCCCUUUGUCAACAAACUGGCCCGUUAUCAGAUACUGCUGCUAAUCCCCUGCACUUGUCAAUAUCAGCUGUGUGACAGCACAUGUGGCUUCAGUGUUUGGGAUUAUAUAAAGCCACUGUUUGGACGAAGGAUUAAGAUAGAUUAGAGGGCUGGCCAGUUUACAGUUAGAUUGACUGUUUUCUCUCUGAAGUUUUUGGCGGAGGUUACUCCCAAUGAUGAGACUAGGUGCUUUCUUAAUGCUUAGUGGGUGCUGUGAAAUUUGUUUGGUUCGGGCCAUUAUCCGCGACCAGGAUGCAUUGUUUUCCUCAAACGACAUCUGUGUCCCAUCUUCUGGUUGGUCCAUUUCAUGCAUAUAUCUAAUGCCUUGUUCUCCACAACACAAACCCAAGAUAGGCUUUACGUCUUGUGAGAAAUGUUACUUCCUCACUUAAGUUAUUUAAAAGGUCAAAUGGUAUACCCGUCCUAUCGGGUAACAUGCCAAUGAACACAUUAAUUUUUUUAAAUGUAAAAACAAAAUAAUCAUGCAUUGAUAUAUUGUUGCUUUAAAAAAUAAUCUAAAUUAAAAGAUUUGUCUUUCCACUAGCAUUGCAAUAGAAUAUUUUGUAGUUAUUUAUAUUGCCCAUUCAUUGCUUAUGGAAAAAGAAGAAAGGAAUUCAAGGAAUUAAAAGUUAAUGUUUUGUCAGUUAGGAGAUCUCAAUAAUUGCUAUUUUUAGUUUUGUUUUUAAACUCAAACUUUAUUUUUACAGAUCAUUAGAAAGUGUUUAAAGGUGUAUGUAUUUAGCAUAUUGUUAUUAAUAAUAUUGUGUGCCAACAUUUCACACCGAAAAAAAUAUUGCCAGAAAAAAGUAGAUGAAAAUUUUACUUUUGUGUUUUGCUAUGUCUUGUCCAUUAAUUUGUAAUUAAAACCUUCAGAAUUAAAUUCUCUACAGAGUAGAUCAAAUUGAUAAUAAAAAGCAUUUUGUAAUUAU